AUGCAUUUUUGUUGUGAAUUUUGGACACAAUUUGUGACAAUACUAUUGACUGGUUUGGCGGUCGUUGUGUUGGUGUCGGCCCUCGUCUUGAGACUCAUCUCAACGCCCGUUCCGGUCAUCCAUCGGACAGACAGUGAACACUACUAUUACGACCCGAAGACCAAACAACGGAUCAAAUUUCCCGAUUUGAUGGACAGCUCAGACCACGACGAAGACGGGAACCGGUCGUCGGUGUAUGUGUCGGUCGUUGUGCCGGCUUUUAAUGAAGAGAAACGAUUGCCGAUUAUGUUAGACGAGACGAUCCACUAUCUGGAGGGCCGAUGCCGUGAGGGCUCCACUCCGGCGCCCGACCACCAGGUCUUCACUUACGAGAUAAUAGUGGUCGACGACGGCAGCGAUGACCGCACCUCCGAAGUGGCGCUCGACUACUGUCACCGAUACGGGUCGGAGAAGAUCCGUGUGUUGACACUGGAGGCCAAUCGUGGCAAAGGAGGUGCCGUCCGGUUGGGUGUCAUGUCUUCGAGGGGUCGUCUGGUGCUGUUCGCCGACGCGGACGGCGCCACCAAAUUCACAGAUUUCCACAAAUUAGAGGCAUUUAUGUGGGAAAAGGCGAACUCAGGCCGAGAGCCGAUCGCCAUUGGCUCGCGAGCGCACCUGCAGUCGGAAGCGGUGGCCACGCGAUCGCUGUUGAGGACAAUACUGAUGUACGGCUUCCACGUGGGAGUGUGGCUGUUGGCCGUCCGCACCGUUCGCGACACUCAGUGCGGAUUCAAACUGUUUGGACGCCGUAUGGCUCGAGUGCUCUUCUCUCACACCCAUUGCCAGAAGUGGGCCUUUGAUGUCGAACUCCUACUCAUUGCCGAACGAUUGGACACUAAUAUCGGCGAAAUUGCGGUCAAUUGGACAGAGAUUGAGGGCUCAAAAGUAGUGCCCUUUUGGUCGUGGCUUCAAAUGGGCAAAGAUGUGGCCAUUAUUUCCCUCAAGUAUACGACCGGCGCCUGUCGUUACCCAUCACUGGCUUCCAGUUCUGGCCAUAAAAGCGAUUGA